AUGCGCCGCAAGAGACAAGAAAUGCAACGCUUGCAAGAAGAUAACGGAGAUCCCCGGUACAUCAAGGCGAAAGUCAACAACCAGGAGAUCACAUUCAAGGUGGACACUGGGGCGGAUGUUACCGCCUUUCCUCAUACCGAGUACAAGGUCGGAGAGAUGGCAAAGCUAAAGCCAGCCGGAGAAGAUCUUCGGGGGGCAGGAGACUCGCCGUUGACAACAGUCGGGAAGUUCCAGGCGACGAUAACUUGGAACGGCAGAACAACGAGUGAAACUGUCUACGUAUCGGAAAGACUCCGACAUCCUUUACUCGGUCUCCCGGCGAUUCAGGCUCUGCAAGUGCUGCCAAGCCUGAAUGAAAUCAAGGCUGACAAUGAUCUGGAGCUCGUGAUUAGCCGGAUUGCCUACAUUGCACCCUUCCUGGACUUGACACUCACGGAGAGGGAUGCCAUCGAUCGCAUCAUCCGCUGCGUAUACAAGAAAGCGCUUCACCUAACACCUUCAACAGAGACCAAGCGACUCGAGAAGCUUGGGCUUCACAACACCCUCUCGGAAAUCAUUGAGGCACAGAGGAUAGCCCACUACGAAAGGCUAUCUCUGACCACAGCGGGAAGAACCAUCCUCACAUCUUUGGGCAUCAACUACCACCCAACAGGGCACAGUACGCGAGGCUGGCUUCCAAACGAGCUACGCGAGCAACUAAAGAUUUCACUUCUGCCUCGUCACAUGCAUCCAGUGCACGACGCAGGCAGACGCAUGGCCAGAGUGAAGGCUCUGGAGAACACUCUACAGCAAGGCUACGACGACUCCGAGGUGACCUAUGUCGACGCAGCCUCAGCUGACAGGGGUCGAAUGACCCUUGCAGUUACGAAUCGCUCCGGCCAAAUCAUCACGGCAGGCAGCAUGUACACCAGCAACAGUGCAGAGGCAGAGGAGGCAGCCAUCGCCUUGGCCCUCACCCUUAGCACCACGAAAGUCAUCGUCAGUGACUCCCAGAUGGCCAUCCGCCAGUACAUGCGUGGUCACAUCUCUGACAAAGCCCUCAAGAUCGCCACUGGUCAUCGUCUGAUUGACCACCCAGUCCGCAUACUGUGGUCUCCAGCCCAUGCGUCACUCCCAGGCAACGAGAGUGCUCACAGUGCAGCCUGCGCUCUUACCAACCGGGCUAGCACACCAAGUGAGCACUCGACCUUCGCCACGUGGAACCACGACAACCUCUACACCUUUAAGGGGGUGCUGGACCACUACCGAGUAGGACGCCGAGCCUACCCAGAGGCUCACAGCACUCUCAACAAGGCAGAAUCCACCAUCCUCCGUCAAGUCCAGACGGAGACCUUCCUCAACCCGGCGCAGUUGCACUCGUGGUACCCAGAUACCUACGACCCGUCUUGCAGGAACUGUGGCGAGAUCGCCACACUCCACCAUAUACUCUGCUGGUGUCCGGAGCUGCUUCUUCAUUCGAAGAAUAAGGAGUUCAUCAAGCAAGCCAGGCAACCAGGCGCCUGGGAAUCCUUCCUGCGGGAUCCUGACCCCACGACUCAGAAAAUUCUAGUCCAGCUGGCCUCGGACGCCGCCGGGAACAUCGCGUCUUGUCUGUCGACCGAGGGGAUCGCUUCGUCAAGGGUCUCUCCCUAA